AUGGGCUCUUCUGUCGAGUCGUCGAGGCCGAUGCUCACUGCUCAGCAGAACCAGCGCGCCUCCAUCCGCUUCAGCACCUACUCCGCUGCCACUCUGGCUCCUUCAAUCGCUCCCUCCCACCUGUCCGGUGACUCCGUCAACUCCCAAGAUCCACGUGCCCAGGACAUCAAGAGCUGGAAUGCCGGCUUUGCCCGUCUGGAGGACAAGCGCCUGUCCCAGCAGCGAUACACCGUCUCCCCCGAGCAGACCGACCACAUGAGCAAGCUUGCUCUCGGCGCCAAACUCGAGCGUGCCCUCGGUCGACGACUCAGUGGCCAGGACGCCGUCUUCAAGUCCCGCACUUUUGACGAGAAGAAGAUUUUGGCUUGA